AUGCAAUCCUUCGUGAAACAGGUCUGUGCUCGAUACGCAUUUCUGACAUUCUGUGCGGACCUGUUGAAGUGCGAGCGCAAGAUGAACUGUAUUGUGAGCCGGGUGGACCAGGGCUCUAUCCAGCUGGCAUGUCCGGAAAUGGUAGGCUUCUUUCGCAGUAUUCACAUUCCGCUGGGGCUCUUGACCAGCCACGAUCUUGCUGUGCGCCCCGUAGUCGAGGAGAAGAAGGCGAUCCUCCGCAACUUGGAGGACGGGCAGAGCUUGGAGCUGUGCCCGUUUAAGACCAAGAUGGUGGCCCAGCUGGCUCUAGAUGUUUCAAGCCCAGUAGCACUUUACCGGCUGACGGCAUCUGCAGUUUUCAUGGAUAUGCCGAAUGGCCACCUGCUGCGACAUGCAAUUCUGGCCCGGCAGCACCCGGAAGUCUUCGGACCCUUCCCCGAUCUGCGGCAAGCGAGGAAGAUGCAUUCCGAGGGUGUCCUCUGGGGCUCCGUCUGGGAGCAGGUGCAGUUGUCGCGAAUGUGUGCUGCCGCCUUGAUGCCACGAGCCAGAGCAUUGCCUCCUUACUACAUGACGACAUCAUGCCGGGGACUAUCAAGCCAAUGGUGGAGAGGCCGUAGAGAUGGCAUCUGCGUUCAAGUGCAGGUGCCGGCUUGCUACCGUGGCCUGCAGGGCUUGCAUCGCCUGCAGGAAGGACACCUGGCGAUCAUUUGGCGCAGUGGUCAGAACCAGGAGCUGUGGACAGGCUAUGGUCGUGUAACGCACAUCGAAAGCAACGAACGGAUGAAACGGAAGAUACAACUUUGUUGGCGCUACGAGGCCAACGGCAGCUGCGGCCAGCCUGAUUGUUGGUUUGCGCACGGUGAGGAUGAUGUUCGAGAGGAACUCGUGAAAGUCACCAUCACCCUCAGCAAGUGCUCGGCGGACUCCAUUCCGGACUGGGCUGCCGAAACCGAAGUCCCGUUGGAUGUUUUCUUUGCGGCUAUUUACGCCCGCGACUUGCGGAGCCUUAAAGGCAUCAAUCACUCCGCUAACAUCGCGAAGGAUCAUCAGAAGGAUGGCCGAAAAUCUAUCAUAAAUCGGCUGCUCUUCAAGGCUGGAGGUGCUGGGGGCCACGCUGACUGGCAGGACGACCAGGACGAUAGCGAGAGUGUUGGCUCAAUUACUGUCGAGGGCCUGGCUCCGCUCAACACCUUCCAGCAGAAAGGCUUGGAUUUGGCCUUGAAGGAGCCCCUUGCCUACGUCCAAGGCCCACCUGGCACUGGAAAGAGCACCACGGCAGCUUAUCUUAUCUGCCACUACUUGCGGCGGCUGAGAACGUACCAGAAGGGACGUCCAGAAGGACCGAUGCUGCUCGUUUGCUGCCCAUCCAACAAGGCCUGCGAUCGGCUGUUGCAGUUGCUCUCGCGCACGAACAUCGCGGACACCGUCCGGAUCGUUCGGGUCUAUGCGACAUCCAUCGAGCGCUCAUACUGGUCGCUGCCGAAUGCACAGUUUCGCAGGGACUACCAAAUCGACCCGACUUUGUCCCAAUACGCUCUGCACGAGCAAGUGAAGAAGGAGGAUCCGGAGCUCUUCCAGUGCUUCCAGGACAUGGCAUCCCAGCUACAAGAUGCGGGUGUCCGUAAAGGCAUGCUCUCGGAGCGGCUCAAGCUGCACGAGAAGCUCAAAGAGGCUAGGCAGCAAAAGGACAGGCUAUCCAAGAAGCUGCUCAAGCAGGCCCAUGUGGUUUUCACUACUUGUGACUGUGCAACCAACGACAAGCUCUUCGAGAAGAUGACUUAUCCAGCAGUCGUCAUCGACGAAGCUGCACAGGCGGUGGAGUUCGAGCUCGCCAGCUGCUGUGUUCUUGCGGAGGACCACUUGGCACUGUUCGGGGACCACUUGCAGCUUGGUCCCGUUCUGACGGAGACCACCCUCUUUCCAGCCUUCAGGCGGAUGUUCACCAGAUCACUCUUCGAGCGUGUUGUCUCGAAGCGGCGGGACCAGAACACGUCCUCGGGAAUUCCACAUGUCACACUCAAAAGGCAAUAUCGUAUGCAUCCGUCGAUCAGUUGGUUUGCGAGCGAGGAGUUCUAUGAAAACGAGCUCGUCAAUGCUCCGGAAACUGCCCGUGACGGCUUCACCUUGCCUUCAUCGUCAGACUCACGGCUUGUGGUCGUGGACGUGACAGGGCCUCACGGCCGCCGUACGGUGGCCCCGGAGGGUGAUGCGGUGCUCGACUACGAACACUCCCUGUGCAACCCUGCAGAGGCUGCUGUCGUUGUGGAUUACGUUCGCUGGCUGCUGAAUUUGGGGGUGGAGAGUGCCAGCAUCGCCAUCAUUACGCCGUACCGGGCACAGGCAGCUCUGAUUACAGAGCAGCUGGCCGAAGUCUCGCCCAUGCCGACGAUUGGAACAGUGCACCUGCUUCAGGGCGAGGAACGUGAGUACGUCGCGCUGUCCCUUGUCCGGAGCUUUGCAGAGGCAGACACAGAGGUGUUCGACCCUGUGCCUGCCUCACUGCGGCGAGCAGCUGGGCACCAGCUGGGCUUCUUGAAAGACCGGCGACUUGCGAACGUGGCACUGACCCGGGCGCAACUGGGCCUCCUGGUCGUCGGCAACAUGCAGGUGCUGUCUGGAGCAUCGCAUUGGAAGCACUUGGUCCAGCAUGUGAAAGCGGAGCAUGUGAAUGCGUACUGGACGGAGGCAGAUGCCCGACACUUCUUGCAGACCAGCAACUUCAGCGAACCAAGCCGUGGUGCAGGGUGUUGGGAGCAGGACGCAGGCAUCAGCGGCUCAGAGUCCGAAGGUGGUGAUCCUCAUGAUGUCUCGGGAGGUGACGAGGAGGAGCAGGACCCUGACGACGAGCCGGAUGCCUUUGAAGAUCCGGUGCACUCUGCCAGCGAAGAAGAUAGUGCUGGAGAUGUACCGGUCGCUCCGCGAGCAGGGGCGAGCAGACAAAGGCGCAAAGGGAAGAAGAAGAGGACUAAGCAGGCAGCUCUGCCACCACGGAGUGAUAGUGGGAAGGAAGACAAAGUGCUGGAAGAUGCGGCGGCCGCAGCGGCCUCUGGUGCCUCCUCCUGCGCAUCCCCCUCGAUGGCUGAACCGGGGGCCACUGCCAGCGAUGCCUCGGAGUGUGUGGUCCGAAGCUGUCGGAGGAGGCCCCACAGGCAUUCGCCCUUUGCAUCGCAGCAUGGCCUUUGUGCUGAGCAUUGGGCUGAGAUGUUGAAGGAGAGGGACAUCUUGCAGCGAGAAUUCAACGGAGGCACUUUGCUCGACAGAUUUUUCUCGCCUCAUUACUGGGCACAACCACCUCCAAUCCUGCUGAAGGAGAAGCAUUACAGCAGGCCAUUCUUUGCGCUGCUAGUAUGCUUCCUCGACGACAAGCGCCCGAAGAACAGACUGCGUUACCUUGGGCGAUCUUCCAGAAGAGCUGCAGGCUCGCUGGCGCCGUGUUGA